AGUAAUGCCUUUUGGCUUCACUCCCCUCCACUAGACUUGGGACCCGGAAGUGGGGAGUGCUGGCAAACAUACACUGACCCAGUGGGCUGCCCAGUAGCUUAGGGGGGAAGGGAAAGAAAUUAGAGACACAGGAAGCAGCAGGUGACCCGAGUGGGAGCUGGACAACUUGUGGCACUGGGACUGCUCAGGAGCGUUCAUGGCAUGGGAUUGAUCUGCAUGUUUGUGUUCACAUAUUCCUGGCCUGAGCUGGGGGAGGACUGGGAGUCAAAUGGCAUCACAGCAAUAAAUCCAAAUUUUGUCUGUAAAUCCAGAAACAAGCUUCCGCUCAAUGAGGACUGAGGAUUUAGAGUCAAUGGUUCAAGCUCUUGCUCAUAUUCUGCAGGACCAUGGGGACGGUGUGCUGGACGGGAGCCACAGCCUGACCCUUCUCACCCCAAGCCUGCAAGUUGUCACCCGCCUGUUUGAGCAGCUCUUCCCACGGGGCCCAGGAUCCGGGUUCCAGGCACUUCCGGCCCACCCUACGGAUAGCGGUGCCGUUCUGGGCUCACAGUUUGUGCUCGAUCUCGUGCAGAAAACGCCAGGUCUGAAGCUUAUCCACCCUGCAGAAUGUCCCCAACAGUGUGAUGUGAAUAUUUUUCCAUUUAAGUCCUUAAAAUGUUUAGAGGUAAGAUGUCUCCCCCCACACUGCCUGAGGGGGCUGCGAGGGGUUUACUCACAGCUGGAGGUACUCAUCUUCUCAGAAUGUGUCACCAGCAUAGAGGAGGUAAUCUCUUCCUGUGGUGGGGAUCUGAGUUCAGCCCUACCCUGGUUGGAACUGCACACGCUCAACUUAAGCAACAACAACAUCCACAGCCUGGACCAGUCCCUGGAAUUGUUGAACAUCCUUCGGUCUUUAAACUUAAGUCGCAAUUUCAUCAAAGACUGCGGCCCACAUUUAAAGAUUCUGUCUGAGCUCCAGGAACUGAAUCUGGGGUAUAAUUUACUGGAGUCCAUCCCGGAACUCAGCUUACAGUCCAGUGUACAGCUCCACACCCUUAUCCUAAGUCACAACAGGCUGUCCAGUACCAGAGGACUGGAACAUCUCUCAAACCUUCAGCAUUUAAAUCUGUCCUAUAACUUGCUGGCCCAUCCCGUACAGCUCACUUGUUUAACUCGGCUCCAUAACCUAAAAGAGCUCCAGCUGAAGGGAAACCCUCUGUGCUACGUCCCAGAGCAUCGAGCGCUGAUCGCCCAACACCUAUCCCAUAAAGCCUUUGACAAGGUUUUACUGGAUGGGGAGCAGAUAACCAUAUUGGAGAUAGCAAUGACUGAUCAUGUGUAUAGAGAGCGGAUAAUGCUGCCACAAUGCUUCAAUUCAGCCACAGAGAGUUCCUGCACCGGGGAAAUGAGCGACAGCUGUUCCGUCCCCGAGAGGAUCGCCAACCGGAUCCCCCGCAAAAAAUCCAAGAUUAAAGUCCGCAGAGCCAGCAUCUCGGAACCCAGCGACAGCGAGUGCGAGCGGGAGCUGCGGAGUCAGCCAGUAGUGGUUCUGCAACACCAAAAAGACAUUGAGCGCACAGAUAGCUUCCGUGAACAGUUUGGCGACGAUUGGCUGCAGUACCGCUCUCACCUGGAGGAGGAGCUCAACAAAGACAAAAAUGGAAAUGGGAGUCCCAGAAGACCCGCGUCUUCCCAGCCUUUCACCAAGAGCAAGUCAUCCCCCAUAAUACUGCAGACCGCUGGCAGAACGGACAGCCUGUCACCUGUCCCUGCAAACCCGACUCCAGCUAGACCUCCCACCCCGGAGGUCACUACAGUCACUGCAGCCGCAGAUCUGCUGAUAGAGAAGAUAGAGGAUGUCCUGGAGGAUGGAUUGUGGCAGCCAGACAUCGAUAAUAAAGAAGUGGAGGAGGAGGAGGAGGAGGAGAUUAUAGAAGAUGCCCUGUGCUUGCCAAUAACCGUGUGCCCUAUUUUGGAUGGGAAGCCACGUAACCCUGAAUGGCCAUGGGUCUUUGUGCGCGUGACUCGCCAGCACCUCCUGGAGAUCGAUCUGGAACGUGGAAGGAUUCUGCUCCGGAGGGAGCUUCAAAGUUUGCGGGAUAUUCAGACCUCCGUCAUCCAAUGGGACUGGAAUGAGGAGGAGCAAGAAUUUCCUGUGCUGACGCUGCUCUUCCGUUCGAUGUGUGAGGAAAAGCAGUGUGCCCGCUACGUGGUGCUGGACAACACGUCUGAGAUCUCCAUAAAGACACUGCUGGAUGUGUUGAAUCCCAUUCUGGAAGAGAAUCUGAGACUGAUUGCCGAGGGGGAAGAAGGUCCUCCCAAACUCAAGUGUCUCAAGUGUAAAACGGAAUUCAUCCACCAAGAUGACAGCGGCGUUGUUUUCAGCGCUGAAGGAGGAGAGGGGCAAACGCAGGACAAUAAUCACUCAGAUCAUACCGGCUGCCCGUCCUGCGGCAGUUUCCACGUCAUCCUGGCCCCGGUAGACCAGACCGGCUACUCCAGCACGCCAACACAAUCCUCUCCCAGUGACCUACCACCAGAGGGCGCUGAAAGCAGGGGGCAAAAGUUCUAUCUGGCUGGAGAUGAAAGAGACGGUUCAGAAACGAGCAGCUGUCUGGGUGGCAGCGACAGCCUAUUGAACGGCACGACCGCCUCAGAGGCCAACGUUACCGGCCUGACUGGAAGUUAUAGAUCUUCCACUGCGACCCCUCCGGUCAGACACAAUAGCAUGGUGCUCCAAGACAACUGGCAAGUUAGUCCAACCUCUGUCAGCCCAGAUCAGAUCCUGGAUUUCCGGCUAGUGGAUCACCGUCUAAAGUUGUAUCUUGAUAUGGAGAUCUUAGUUGGGGAUAUGGAGGAAUUCCAGUGUUAUAUGAAGGUGCCUGUUGUUCGUUUUGGGAAAGAGGGUGCGUUUUGGGCUCUUGUUGUGGUUUCCAACCGAAAAAUCUACUUUCUGGAGAUAACUGGAGAAACCAGCGGCCCUCCUUGUGAUUGGCUGCGUCCCGGAGAGGAACAGAGUCUGACUUCUUUCACCCACCUGCACAUCGGACUGCAGAAACAGACCUUGCAUCUAGGAUUUGGCACCCCGGAGGCGGCCUACACCCUGCUCACCAGGAACUGCCAUUUCAGCACAACCUUCGCACAGAACAUUCUAGAUUCUAUGUGUGAGCUUCCCCCACGUUAUCGCAAAGCUCUGGACUACAGCGUCGAGGAGGGAGUCACACAGGGUCACCCUCUUUGGCAUCUCCUACAUGAUGAUAACCUUGAAGAAGGCGACCUCAGCCCGGGUGAAUAUCGCUAUGUUCUGGCGUAUUUUAUGAUGCAAGAUGUUUCAGCUGAUAAAGCAGCAAAUUCGUGUGCGAACGACGCCGUAGUUCCGCAGAACACCGCAUCCCCUGCAGCACUGGCCCAAGGCGCUGCUAAUGCCACAGCAGUCACUUUGCUGCUCACCCAUACUCAUAUGUACAUCCUGGAGGAGACCUAUCAAUGGCUUCACAGUCCUCCACCUGCUGAAGAAGACACCGGCCAGGAGCCUGCGGGCAAAGUUCAGGUUAAGGAGAAGCAGCCCAUUAGCAGCAUCAGCUCUGUGCACCUUUACAGCUCUGCAACGCUUCAUCUACGCAUCAAGCUUUAUAAUGAGACACAGCAGAAGGAAAGUGCUUGGCUUUUGUGGACGGAGAACCCGGAUCUUCCUAAAGAGAUAGCGGAGUGGCUGCGAGUUCCCUGGGAGUCUGAAUAUCACAUCCACCUCAAUCCGGUGAUCCAUGAGACCCUGGACUGACGCGCCGAGCACUACAGAGACUUGUUCUUACAGGAUUACUGAGUCACAGCCGGAUUGUGUCCAGUGUGGGGUGUUCAGUGUCAGCCUGGGGUCCCCCGACUCCUAUCAGUUUACCUGUGAGAGAGGAAAGUGCUGAUCUGUACACUGACCCCGUCCAAACUGUGCCGGGAGAGUGAUGAUGGAGAGACGGCAGACUUUGCACUAUUUGUUUUUUUCUUAUUUCUGAAAUGUUCCCAUUUUAAUGUAAUAUUGUAAUAAAGUUUCUACCCCGUUUUACAGGA